UGAAGAAACUGCGCGCAUAUUUUCUCCCUGACUCGGAAGAAUUAUAUAUACGGAGAGGAUGAAACUUUUGAGAGCAUCUACGGGAGGCGAAACUUUUUGCUUAUGUCCCGACGACCGCGAGCCGGGGGGAGAUUUUUCAUUCCGGUGGUGGGUACGUAUCGUGUAACGGGUGUCUCGGUUUUAAGCGUGUAAUCGGAACUCGGAAAUUUCGCGACAUCGGGAGCUCGAUUUUAGCUAGACCACUUUCUGACUAAAAUUCCGUAUAUUACCGUACAUUUUAAAAUCGAACGCCUUUUGUGCCCGCGGGAGUUUGGCUCGCUCGCUUUGUUCGAUUGUGAAAAAAAAUUUGCGAGUGAAUUUUCUCUGUGCCGAAUACGCCGCCCACUCUGAAUUCAUUUCGUCUUGUAUUGGUUAUGAAAUUUUCGGCGAACGGAAUAAAAAACGGAAGUAAUACAACGUGCGGGGUAUUCGAACAUCCUCUACUUUUGUUUUUCCCUGCGAAAUCGUCACAGAUCCUGUUCAUCCUUCGUUCGGGAAGAGCGAAGGAGUUUUUGUACAAUAGCGGGCAUUCGAUGUUCGGUUCGCUUUCAUUUGUUAAACGGCGUCCUCGGGAGCGGGAGCUUUUCUGGCGGUACAGGCGCGUUUAAAAAAUGAAAGGACCUGCGCUCGGGGAUCCGGGGCCGCGAUAAAAUACCGCUCACUGAUCGCGAAGUGGCGGAACUAAGUGCAUCGUCAAUCGAUUCGGUUCUUUGUAAAGCACGCCGAAAAAACACUCGCCGCGAACAUCUUGACCGGAUAAAAAAAGACCCUCGGAUCUGACGAAAUCGAUUCCUUCAGAUCGAUCGGUGCACACGUCUAAAACCUGAAUUCCCACGAUCCUUUCCCCUCGUCGUCAUUGUUCUUGGAUCGAUGUUCGUUAUUCCGGUACAUUUCACAUGCGGACAGUUGCAACUCGAGGAGAUGUUAGUCGAUGUCGAUAUUCAAUUAGAGCCACUCGCAAAGGGCUCUUACGAAUAAUAUCGGUGUAUGAACGCCAGUCGGGUUUGACCGCUGCGCGUACCGUAGUAGAUGCGUCGACGUCAGCAAUGUGUUUUAAAAAACAGCAAUGAGUCGAUGACCUACUUACAGCAAUUAUUCGUCGUACCUGCGAAGUGUCGGUACUUACAGCGGCGUCUGUUUCUACGAAAGCAGAUAACUAUUGCCGAGGUUAUUAUUAUUCAGAGCGCGGAUCCCGAGGGUGCGGUCCGCGACUGCGGGGGGUUUUCUACCGCAAAGAAAUUUCCACGUGUGGCUGAACACGCGGAGGGUGUAGAAUAAUUUGUUGAACACGGUACGGUGUGGUAUACGGAUCCGUUGACACGUGGACGGAAUUAGAGUCAGGUCAGAGAAUUGGCUGUGGUCAGUACGGCGGUGGAUAUACAAACGAGUCGUGUAUUCGACUCGACGGACCGUCGCGUUAUCCAAUUUGAAAUUUCAUAUUUUCACCUACUAACGAUUCGCGACCGCACGCCGCGACAUGCAAACUAGUUUGCGGUACGCUAACAAACUCCACUCCCGUACUCGCUACUUGUUCUACCUCUUGGAAAUAUUCACUUCUCCGACGGUCUCGAAGGAAUUCGGAUUUAAAGCGUCAUCGAUCUCCUCGUUGUUCAGACGAAAUAAAAUUCACGUCCGUCUGGCCGUCUACUUCGACGUUAAGUUCGCUGCGGUACUAUUCGAAGCAUUUUCCAUUCGGUUUCCCUUGGAAUUUUUUUCGGCGGACCUCGCCCUUCGCUUUUUUUUUCUUUUUUUUUUUCCCUCUUGCAGGGUUUGAUGUGUAAUAAAUUCCAAGGAAUUUCCGCGGCUUGUGGGGUCUCCUUUGCCGAGGAUUUACGCGGCGGUAUUCAAAAAAAGGUUUUUCUGUACCCGUUCGCAGACGCCGGGAGGUCAAGCGAAUGAAAAAUUUCCAAGUCCUUACGCCAGGAGUGAAUACAUCGACGCGAUAUUGAUGGAUGUUUCGCGUGUAUAUUUUUUCGAAACCGCCGGGUGUCAGUCAAGGCGGAAAGCCCGAGUUUUCCAAGGAAAUUCAGACAUCGUAUCUCCGACGAUCUUCGACUCGCAGUUUGAUUUUUGUCCCUCCUUCCCCUCCGGCGUGUACAUUCUCCUCUCGUCUCGGGAGGAACGAAUAUUUUCUCGGCUAGACCGUCAACUUUUUGUCAACUUCCUCACUAUCCUAGGGGGAUAGUAGAUUCGGUGGCAUUAUUCCGGGAGUGGAAAAACCGAAUAACAUAAAGCUUCUUACCACAGUAAAAUGUCCCGCUAACACCCGACGGCAGAUAUUGCUUCUCCUGUUUCGCGCGGGAAGCUUAUCAUACACCCCAUACCAGAACAGGUAUCGCGGGUCUCCGGGUUACUCGUUUUUAUGUCCCAAACAUUUUUCCCCGUGACAUUCACCUGUUAGAUAACCUCACGGGCGUAAAAAAACAAACAAAAAGAGAAAAAGCGCCCCCCACGUCGACUCGGUACAAUCGUCAUUUCACGUUUGCGUAGGGGACGUUAUACACGUUAUUAUAACUUUAACGCGAGUCUUUCAAAGUCGCUCAUUUUCGCCGUUAUCAUUGAUGAUCCCGCAGAGCUUUGGCCAUCCAAUUUUCUUUUUCGUACCUCCGUUUCUUCGGGCUCUUUUUAUUUUUGCCAUUAUUUUUAUAGGCAACGCGUAAUUUGACGUUCGCUGAAACUUCGCGUCGCGUCGUAGGUUGUAGUUAGAGGGGAAACCUUCAGUUUGUACGUUACCAACGUCGGACUUUUGGAGAACGUUAAUUAGCCUCUGCAGGCCUGGAAGUCUACGGGGACUGGGGGGUCCUUUGAAGUUCGUUCAAGGAUCCGAAGUAACGUUAGUUUUGAAAACCCCACCAGCGCGUAUAUUAUACCGACGACGCGAUGCACGUUCUUGCAUUUAAACCAACCGCAUAAUAAUUUGACUCGGUAGACAAAUUUACUACAAUUUGCGAAACUACCGCAUGGUAUUUAUCACAUGCGGCCGUAUACCUAAAUCAUGACGGAGUCUUCUCAUUUAUUCUACGACUCGAAUUUCUCAGUUUACAUUGCGGUCUACGAACUUUACUCGCUUUUUUCGUUCCACGCGCCCGCGAACUGAUCUGUUACCGUCCAUUACUUUACUUUGAUUAAUUCGUAUAUCGCUUACGAUUGAACUAUUUUCAAAUUGGAACACCCCGACGUAUAGGUUAGGUUAUUUACCGUUAAAAAAAACUCCGAUACAGCGCAGAAGAGAGAAAAAGCUUCGGCCAUUUUCAUUAGAGAAGUCGGAACAAAAGCUUCGCUCGGAAUGAUGAUUUUAAAAUCGAAUAGCAAUCGUGUUUUGAUAGCCGAAACUAAAACACCGCGCGGAUAAAAAUCUUUCUCGAUUCGAAAUUUGAGAUAAGCUCAGAUUUGAUUUUAAUUUUUUUUUCGCUGACACAUUUUUUUUUUUUUUUUUUUUCAAAUUAGUAAAACGCGAAGGCUCCGCGAUAGCGCAUAGAUCCGAUCGUUUCGAAUACAGUCCAUAUCUGCAUUCAAAGCGCCCGCCGUCAUUUUCGACGAUUUAUUAACGCUUGAUGGAUUGGACGGCGAUGAGAUUGACAGGGCUUUGAAUGCGUGUGUGCGUAACGGUAUAUCAGUCGUUACGCAAAGCAAAAGGUCGAUCGAUAACGCGAAACUAUGAAGGUUUGUGGCUAAUAAGGGGCGGCGAGGGCGAAAGUCUAGCGUAACUUUUCCCCCUCGCGAUUAGGGCUUCGGAUUAAUUUAGAAUUUUGAGCAGUCGAGGGAAUGCGUGAAAGUACUUACAGGACUUAUCCUUGUACACUCGAGACCGAAUUUCACCGUGUAAGAAAUUUUAACGAACAUUAAAGCAAAGCGAAUGAAAAUUUUUUAGUAUCUUUCUCAAACUCCAGCCUCGCGCGUGGCUUCACCGCCGACGAUAUACAUAUAUUCGAAUGUAUUGUAUCGAAACUUUAAAUCCUCGAAUCGGAGACAGGAUUCUAGUUUCAAGUAUCAAGUUCAGCCUCGAGAGAUCGGGUGGGUUUUAAGAACGCCGGGAACACCUUGUACGACCCGGUUCAGCGGGGAUCGAAUCUGAUUUUCUCGAGCCUUUAACUCACCCCAUUUUAGCGCGAGGGACGUUUUAUGCGAUACAAAACGAAGUUCGGAUUGUUGCCGUGAAUAAACUGAAAAUCCAGUGUUCUCGAAUUCGUCCCAAAAUCGUGAAUGGAUUCUUAUUCUCAAUUUUGAUACGCGAUUUCACGAUUUACCAAUCUUGCAGGACGAUAAAAAUGCAAAAAGCAAACUUCUGAAGCCGCCAUUUUUUCAUACAAAAACUUCAAAAACUGUUUCGGCUGAUGAUCGAGGAAAAAUCGAGACGGCGUCGACGAGAACCGAGCUUUUUUUCUUUCAAUUGACGACGGUUAAUUGAUAUUUGAAAGAGGAACAUUCCGCAUUUUAUAGAGCGUUGAGAAUUCUCUGGGGAAAUGAUCUCUGCGAGUCUAUGUUGCUACUAUUUGUAAUCUUUUUUCCCCACCGUGAAAAAUCCUUCGGGCGUAGUUCGCCGAACGCGAUGAUAACGCCGGUGCACGCGAUGGAGGCUUUCAAUUCAUUCGACAAUAAUAUCUGAGCCUAAAAAUCUUCGGAUCGUUGCCGGAACGCCGUCCGAUCGUUCAAUCCACGGAAGACGUAGGGUCUGUAUACCGUGAGAAUAAAAGCCGAAGAGUUCAACGACGUCUCAAAAAGUUACGAGCGCACAACAGAAGGACGUCGAAUCCCAUACGUGUACACCGGCUACGGAUCGUCGGAAAAUCGUAAAAACGACGUCGACGUGUAGUCCGUUCACGUCGUUUCGACAAAAGACGCGUGAACCGACGCGACGUCUCGCCCUACUACUGCUACGUCGAGCGAUGCGGAAAAGAAAAGACAGCCGACGUCCGAGUUACACAGCCCGAGAAACAAACGUCAAAUCGAAGAUGGCGUCCCCGUAGACCCCGGACGGGGUUGAUAAAAUCAUUGAACAAAAAAAAUCGCCAUUUUCACGUCUCGCUUCCGGAAAAGUAUUCUUUCUUUAUUCUCUUCUCAUUCGUAACGCCGACUUCUUUGAAGGGGAGAGUAAACCCAGCGAGACAUUCGACUUGGAUUCGAUUCGUUUUUAUUUUACGUUUCAUCUCCGCCGCCACGAACGACGAACGAGAGAGCAACGCUUCUAUGAUUAUUCCCAGAAGUGCAGGGAUUAAGCCGAAGAUUUUCUCGCCACCCUCUUUCGCCCGCGUGUAUUACAGUACGGUGUGACGUGUACGGGUAUCGUACGUAGAAGGGGCGUUUAGUCGCCCGCGCCGCCUGGAAUCCAGGGGACACGACGCCGCUGUGAGCUCGGAUUUACACUCACAGUUGAAUUAUUAUAGUGUCGUAAAUUUUGGAAUAGUUUUAACAAGAUUAUCUUACCACGGAGAGAAGGAAUGACGGUAAUGGUACGAGAUCGACCGACUCCCCAGGGAUUCCGCGAUAUCUCUCUAAUAUUAUACGGUGCCCUCGCCUCAUCCCGCGGAACGAUGACUCACGGCGAACGCACGGACCUGCAGGGUUACGAACGAUACCGAGUUAAUCGACUCGGUCUUUUAUUUUCCAAUCCCGAGGGACACCUGUCGCGAGCGUGCCGUGAUAUUGAAAAAAAGAAGAAAAAAAAACAAAACAAAACGGUGGCCCAACGAAAGAUAAUAAUUGGCUAAUUAUACGCUUUCGAAAAUGUAAUUCUUCGUCGACAGUUUAAUUAACGCAUCGCGAACGAUUGUCGCUAAUCUGUUUUUUGUUUUUCCGUUUUUUUUUUUGUUUUUUUUUUGUUUUUUUCUGUUCUAUUUACCGCUCAUCGAAUGUCGUACGCUCCGGGUGACUAUACGCUGCACGGGGUCGAUGGCGAGGUCGCGCACAGAUAUUAAUUGAAUUGAUAGCACGGAACGAGUGGGCGUUAAUCACUUCCAUAAUAAAUAAUCACUAAUUGUACGGUAAUCGGGAAAUAUGUUAUUUGUAUUAAUGUACGUAUAAUUUCGCCGUAAUCUCAGGGUGUCAAUGAUUACAUGCCCUCUUCGUGACAUAUAUAUAUAUGACGCUUGACAAACAAUUUAUGAAUAAUACGUACCUAUUUGCUUUUGUUUACCGCCAACUUUUCCUCAAUAUACGUACGCCGUUAUCCGAAGCUUUUGAUUAAAAUUACGUGGUAAAUAUUUUUCUGCCGACGCGUUUGAUAGAUUUCGAAGAAGAAAUCAUCCCGGCGAUGCUCGGUUUCAUUCCAUAAUUUUCACUCGACGCGAUCGUUUGUUGGAAAAUAAAAAGUAAUAAUCCAUAGUAACGUUAUUAUUCUUAUUAUUUAUUUUCUUUCUGUCAUCGUCAAUUUCGUUGCUGUGAAUAUCGUCAUUCGUACGAAGAAAAGAGGCAAGUAUCAAUUCCCAAAUGGUGAAUCAUAUUUCUGUUUGUCGAGUUGGCCAACUAGUGGAAAAAAAAAGUAUCAGCAUAAAAAUUUAGCAAUACGAAAAAAAAUGUAAACAAUUAUUUCUAUCAGUUUGAUUUUCGUACCGUAUAUGUACGAUUAAAUUUGUGUGUCGGUUGUAACGACUGUAAACGUGAGAGGAAAAAAAAACCUUUUUUUUUUCUUUUAUCUCCUGUUUUUCAAACAAUUCACCGUUCGCAAUCGGGAAUUAUUUCGGUCCGGUUAAUCCCAUUCCGCCCGACUUGCGGAACAAAGUGGAAUUACACGUGAUUGAUUUAUCAUAAAUGUCGUCGCCACUUGGAAGCGAUAUUUCGUACUCGUGCAUACACGGAUUUCAUCGGAAAGUCGCAGAAUUGUAAUUGCUCGAAACUAAUAUUGAAAGGAACUUUCGUGAAACUGGCAUAAAACAUGACACAAAAUGUGGAAGACAAACUCAUGAAUCAUUCGCUCGCGUACGGAUUCUAAAAAUCGAUGGAAUCGGGAAAUUUCGCAAACCAUGUCAGCUCAUUCUUCGCCGACAAUGGACCUGGGCGUUUUCUGCAAAAAUCCAUCACCUUUCGGGACUCCGAUUUCAAAUUGAACCCAUAUAUUCUUAUAGCCCGUGAUUUGAAAUAUCGAACAAAAUUUUUGUGAUAUGAAAAAUUUCUAAUAAUCGUCGGUUAUUUGCAGCAACGAAUAUCGAACAUGUGGAAUACCAAGGUCCUGUUGGUGCAGGUUUUGCUGGCGGUUGGUAUAUCAGCCGCCACAAGUUUAUCGUCGGCCGAAAGCAGCGGUGAAGAUUCGUCGUCUAUGUCGAGGGAGUGCCCUCUGGAAGAUCAAGUAAACCUAUCCCUGAAUCUCGGAGGUAUCGGAAUAAGUCACUUGCCAGAUGGAUUUAUUCAGAACGAAUUCGUAACGAGGCUGAAUUUGGACGGGAACAGAAUAAACCACGUGACGUCGGCAACGUUCUCGCAUCUGCCGAGGCUGAGGCAUCUCAGUUUAGCCGAUAACAUGAUACCCUCUCUGGAUCUCGGAGCGUUCGCGGAGCUGAAAAAUUUGGAGACCUUGAACUUGAACGAUAAUUGCAGGUCGCCGUCCGUUCGUCAGGACAUCACCUUCGUACGGAGUGAUUUCAUGAGCCGCGCUAUUAUUCGACCGGUACUUUUUGACCGCGGAAUUCUCACCUGCACUUUGAGGUUCGAUUCGCUUUUGCCGAGGCUCACGCACCUAUUCGUUGAAAAUAAUGAUCUCGAACAUUUGAGUUUCGUUUCCGGCGGACUUCCGAAUUUGACCGAACUCCAUCUUUGUCGCAAUCCGAUGCUGGAUUUGAACGAGGAGGAGGUUUCGAAUUUGAAAAAAUUCGCUCCGGCUCUGAACGGUCUCCAUUUCACGCAAUCUUGUGUUCAUAAAUUCGACGCGUCGCUCCUGCCGAACCUCUCGACACUUCGUCUGGACGGUAACGACAUCCAAUCGGUGUGCCGCUCGUACUGCGAAGGACGUUUCCUCAAGUUAGCCAAUUCUAAAUUGGAAAAAUUGUCUCUCCGUAACAAUACGAUUACCAAGAUGGAGGUGGACUCCUUUAGCGAGACCCCGAAUUUGGUGACCCUCGAUCUUUCUAGAAAUUUUAUUUCGGAAAUAAGAAACGGGACAUUCGACAAUUUGCAGUCGCUGCGUUUCCUCUAUCUGCAGCACAAUAAUAUCCUAACGAACGGCAUAAGACACGCGUUCGGGGGUCUGGUAAAUCUGGAGAUCCUGCAUCUCGAAAGCAACGAACUUUCGACCAUCGCUGGCGACAUUUUUUCCAACUUGGCAUCUCUGAAACAGCUUACGCUCAAUUACACCGGAAUAUCCAGCCUCGAUAACCAGCUUCUUUCCGAACUAUCCAAGUUGGAAGUUCUCUCUUUGGCUGGUAACGACCUCUCGAUGAUCCCCGAAGACGCUUUACCCACAUCCGGAUCCCUGAAGACCCUCAAUCUCAACAACAACCAGUUCACGAACAUCGAAAACAUCCGGAUCAACAAAAUGCCAAAUCUGCGUAUCCUCUCGCUAACGGAAAACCCAUUAGCCGUCAUCAGCGCGCGUUGGUUUUCGAAGGUCCCGGAAACUAUGACGCUUAUUCUACAGGGUAACGAAUCCGAACUUCCCGUAUAAACGAAGAAGACGACCUUGAACUUGUCCAGGCAUUUUUCCCGUCGAAUAUUGUUCGUUCUUUUAUCAAAAAAGUGCAGCGUAUUCUAUUUGUAUGCUACAUGAGGUUAGGUUAGGUACAGUGUCUGUGACCUUCCAUAAAAUAAAUGUCGCGUGUAUGUGGGUUGAUUGAAUUUUAUAAUAAAAGAAACAAAAAAAA